UUUCGGGAUUAGAAUUAAUAAGUCUUAAAGCAGAAUUGAGCUUACUUUCAAAUAUCUUUUUUCCUUUUCUUUGUUCCCGGCAUUUACUAUUGCUCCAAUUAUCCAAUAUCUCCAUUCUCUAAAAUAGCAGCUAAAAUAUCCUCUAGGCCAUUCUCUGAGCCAUGUCGGUUGACCAUGACUGGUCGGAACUUCCACCGGAGCUUCUCGAUACGAUCGUGAAUAAGCUAAUUAACCUCCGCGAUUACCUCCGUUUCCGAGCCGUUUGCUCCAACUGGCGAUCCUCAACGCCGGCGACUCCCAAAUACCUACCUUGUCAAUUCCCAUGGUUAAUGCUCCCAAAAAACCGGUCGAACCGGCGUGGUUUCUUCAACCUCCUUGAUAACAAGCUCCACUUCCUCAACCUUCCCGAAGCUUCAAACCGCCGCCGUCGCUGUGGCUCUUCUCACGGCUGGCUCAUCAUCGUCGACGAAUCGCCGUCAAUUUUCAUAAUUAAUCCGCUCACAAAAGUGACUUUUAAUCUUCCACCUCUGUCUCAGCUUCCUAAUGUGGUAAAUUUCGAUUUUUACAGCGUAGGUCGAGAAUUUACUAUCCAAUCUCCCGACGGCGAGGUUUACACUCGUAAUUUAAAGGAAAUGCGUGACUUGUUUAUUAAAAAGGUUGUCCUUUCUAAUAGUCCUUCACGUGAUCCGAAUUUUAUUGCGGUAGUAAUCCUUAACGAAACAGGCGAGCUUGCUUACUGCAAAAAUGGAGAGAAUUCAUGGAAAUUUAUUGAUGAAGCACGGUUUUUUGCUGAGGAUGUUAUAUAUUUUGAUGGAUUAUUUAAUGCUGUUCAUAAACUUGGAUCAAUUGCAGUUUGUGAUGUUAGUGGUGAUUCGCCUAGGGUUUCGUUUAUUGAAACGCCUAGGCAAAUUGGGGGUGAUAUACAGUAUUUGGUUAAAACAAAUGAUGAACUUUUACUGGUGACUAGGUGUUUGGAGCUUGAUACUGAUGCUGCAUAUCAUCAGCUUGAUGUUGUAUAUAAGACAGUUGAAUUUCGUGUGUUUAGGUUGGUUUUAGAAGGGCCAAGGUGGGAGAAGGUGGACAGUUUGGGUGAGAAGAUGUUGUUUUUAGGAGAGAAUUCUUCGUUGGCGUUGUUGGCUUCUGAUUUUCCUAGAUGUGAAGGAAAUAGGAUUUACUUUACGGAUGAUUAUUGUGAGGCUAAUUAUGAUGGUGUCAAUGGGAAUCAUGAUUUAGGGUAUUACAAUUUAGAGGAUGGUAGGAUUGAAGCAUUGUCAUGCUAUCCUCGCAAUUCACAUUCUAUGCUUCGUUGGCCUCCUCCAAUUUGGUUCACUCCGAAUCCAUGUUGAUAAUUGCAUUUGGUGAAUUCCUCCAGUGAGGUGGUUUGUGAAUAUGUCUCUGGCCAGAGUUCGCUUUGAUGGAAUUACUUUGUAUAUGAGUUGCAAAUAAUCAAUUUGUGGUGUGCUGUAAGUAAACCUGUACCUACAUUUUCUUGAUGCAAUCUGUGACCGCAACAUUCCCAGCAAUCAAAUAUCUGUGUGCUGUAAAUAAACCUGUACCAACAUAUUUAUUUAUGCCAACAGCUUUCCAUGUAAAUAUGUAAUUGGCAUCUUUCUGCAUCUGUUUUAUGUUUCUGUCAACACCUUCAUUCUAUUCUGAACAACUAAGUAGCUGGAAUAAAAUAUUUUGCACUUUUGGAAUUAUGGAUACUUUGUGUUAAGAAUAGUCUGUCGGUUGAACUCGUA